CACCGGACCGCCCGACCGGGGCACAUAGACAGUCAGCGGGGCGGCAGGGCGCUGCCUGCCUGCCUGCGUGCGUGCGUGUCUGCGUGCGCGCGCAUAACCACCGCCCCGCACGCUCCCGUGCUGGACCCACCGGGCCUCCUCAGUCUCCCUCUGCAGAACCGGUCUCGCUCGAACCCGAAUCUCCUGUACGGGUGCGGUGCACGACGCUGAGACGUGGAACCUUUUCUCCGGUUCACACACACACUCGCUCACACAGGUGAGGUUUAAUAAGGAGACACAAUGUCGAGGGAGCUGUCACUGAACAUCAACAUCAGCGAGCCGCAGUGGGACCAGAGCACCUUUGCGGGCCGGGCGAAGCACUUCUUCAUGGUCACCGACCCACGGAAUGUGCUUCUGUCCAGUAAGACUCUGGAGGAGGCACGUAUCACAGUGGAGAACUACAGGAAGGGGGUGGUGAAACCUGGCUUGACAGAGGAUGAGCUCUGGAGGGCAAAGUACAUCUACGACUCCGCUUUCCACCCAGACACGGGGGAGAAGAUGGUGCUGAUUGGGCGGAUGUCAGCACAGGUGCCCAUGAACAUGACCAUCACCGGCUGCAUGCUCACAUUCUACAGAACAACACCCGCUGUCCUAUUCUGGCAAUGGGUGAACCAGUCCUUCAAUGCUGUGGUGAACUACACCAACCGCAGUGGAGAUGCACCCAUCACCAUGAAUCAGCUGGGAGCUGCCUACGUCUGCGCCACCUCUGGAGCUGUCGUCACUGCUCUGGGACUCAAGUCCCUGACCAAGCACCUGCCCCCCAUCAUGGGACGCUUCAUUCCCUUUGCCGCCGUGGCUGCUGCCAACUGCAUCAACAUCCCAUUCAUGAGGCAGAGAGAGCUGAAGUAUGGAAUCCCUGUGAUGGAUGAAGAGGGCAAUCGCCUGGGACAGUCCUCCAGCGCAGCGAAACAGGCUAUCGUUCAGGUGGUGGUGUCCCGGAUUGGCAUGGCUGUGCCUGCUAUGGCUAUCCCUCCCGUCAUCAUGAACUCCCUGGAAAAGAAGGCCUUCAUGAAGCGUUACCCAAUGCUCAACGCUCCUGUCCAGGUUGGACUGGUCGGGCUCUGUCUGGUAUUUGCCACCCCCCUGUGCUGUGCACUCUUCCCCCAAAAAAGUUCUAUGAAGGUGAGCAGCCUGGAGCCUGAUCUCCAGGAGAGCAUCCGGAAGAGCAGCCCUCACAUCGACACAGUCUACUUCAACAAGGGCCUGUAGGGGACGCCCUCCCUCCACAGGGACCGAUCGAUGCCCUGGCCAGAGCACAGGUCGAACAAUUUAGCGGGCACAAAAAUGGUGACCCAUGCAGCUAUGCAUUUUUAAUCAGUUUCAGCUUGUUGUUAAAAUUAUCAUGUAUUUUGAACCAGUGUAUCAAAAGAAAUGACUUAUGACCGGAGUUUUUGCCCUUGAAUAUAGCACACAUCAGGUGUAAGUAGAGCUCACAGCUAUGGACCGCACAAGGCUGAUGGAAAUGGAAGUCCUUCCCAUCAAUUGCUCAUUACCUUUUGGUAUUUUCAAGACAAUAAUUGCUUAUAAUACUUUAAUAAUAUAGUACAAUACCAUAUAGUUAUUUACACAUUGUAAUAUAUAUAAUACCACUGCUUAUAAUACACUAAUUUUGUGCCGAAGGUCAGCAGGGUGUUGAAGGUGGUGUGCAACCAGCAUUUUGACUCGGGGAAACUAGGUCGAACUGCUGCCUCUGCUGUCCGAGAGUGUGUUUAGUUGACCGCUGGGUGGACGCUAGGUGUAUAAAACCAUGCCCCAUAAACACGCGUGGAAAUGCAAGCUACCUCAGAAGUGGCCUUAAACCGUACAUUCCAUUCACACUGCUCUACUGCUGCAUGUUGUGUGUGUGCGUGCGUAUGAUGCUGACUAGAUACCAGAGUGUAUUCCCCUCAAAACUGAUCUCAUUUAUCAUCUAAAGCAUCUUGAAAGGUGCAGUCAGUUACUUUUUGUGCACUUUACACCAGUGGUGACCCUUUACUGUGUGUGUACCUAGUUUUUUUUAUUGCUGCAAAACAAAAGAGCAACAUGAGUUUGAUUUCAUAGAACUGAAAAUAUUUAAUGAUAAAUUUGACUUUUCUGCUAACAGUAAAGGGGGGUGCAGUGGGUUGGACCUGGUCCUGCUCUCUGGUGGGUCUGGGGUUCGAGUUCCGCU